CCGAUCGGUCGGCCGGCUCGCGCAUUCAAUUGCUAAUCUACUUAUCCAUCUCUUCUGUAGCCGCCGCUAGUUAAAUUGAUUGAUUGAGAUUGAUUUGGUUGCCUCUGCGGCUCUACUCUACGCGUGAUGCAUGGAUCCUAUCCGUACGCGAAUGUCGAGCUGUUCAUUGAUCGAUCUGUUGCGUGUUGAGUAAUUGUUCAUUGAUGGAAUGGUGGAUCGUCCAUGGAUCGCUCGCUCGCUUGUCGACUCAUGGCUAUAUACACACGCUCGCCAUGGCUGCUGCUCCCUCACUUCACUUGUAGUUGUUGCAGAAGCUCAGCGGGUAGAUAGAUAGGUGGAGAUGGGCGCCAUGGAAGGAGGAGGUGGAGGGAGGCUGCUGCUCCGCGUUCUCAUCGUCUGCGCUGGGGCGCUGAUGAUGGCGGUCGCUGAGGCGGACGCUGGCGGCGGGGACUCGUCGGUCGUCGUCGUCGUCGGCAUGGCCCAGUGCGCCGGCUGCGGGAGGAAGAGCUUGCGCGCCGAGGCGGCGUUCAAGGGCCUCAUGGUCGCCAUCACGUGCAAGAAGGGCAACGACAGCGGCGGCGGUGAAUACGAGAGCAAGGCCGUCGCGAACCUCGACGGCACGGGCGCCUUCGCCGUGCCCCUCCCGGCCGACGCCGGCCUCGGCGUGCGCGGCGCUUCCGAUUCCGAGUGCUUCGCGCAGCUCCAGAGCGCGGCGAGCGGCGAGCCGUGCCCCGGGCAGGAGCCGUCGAGGAUCGAGCCGCUGCUGGCCGAGGGCGAGGGCACCUUCGUCGCCGUCGCCGGCAAGGCGACGCGAGGUCGGACUUCGGCCGCGGCGCCCGAGUGCGCGGCGGCCAACAUCUGCUUCCCGUGCCACGGGUUCGGCAGGAAGCCCUUGUUCGCGCACCGGCGCAUGAAGCCCAUGCCGGUGUACGCUCCGCCCGUGUACGGGACGCCGGUGCCGGCGUGCCUGUGCACCCCUACCCCGGCCCCCGGGUGCCAAUGCCCUUCUGCCGUGCCGGUUUACGGGACGCCCGUGCCUGAAUACUUCCCGCCUCCAGCCCCGGAGUGCGGAACGCCGGAUUGCCCUCCGGAGUCGCCGGAGUACGGGACGCCCACGCCGGUGUACGCUCCGCCAGUGUACGGGACGCCCACGCCGGUGUACGCCCCGCCCGUGUACGGGACGCCCACGCCGGUGUACGCCCCGCCCGUGUACGGGACGCCCACGCCGGUGUAUGCUCCGCCCACGGCGCCAGUGUACGGGACGCCCACGCCGGUGUAUGCUCCGCCCGUGUACGGGACGCCGACGCCGGUAUACGCUCCGCCCACGGCGCCUGUGUACGGGACGCCGACGCCGGACUGCCCUCCCGAUCAGGCGCCGGAGUACGGGACGCCGUCGCCGGUGUACGCUCCCCCCACGGCGCCCGUGUACGGGACUCCGGCGCCGAGAUGCAUGUGCACCCCUACUCCGGAGCCGGGAUGCCAAUGUCCUUCCCCGACGCCGGUGUACGGAACUCCAUCGCCGAGCUGCCUGUGCACCCCGACCCCGGAGCCCGGAUGCCAGUGCCCAACUCCAACCCCCACGCCGGUCUACGUGGCGCCGCCGACGCCGGAGCUCCCUCCUCCCACGCCGGUGUACGCUCCACCGACGGCGCCCGUGUACGGUACUCCAUCGCCGAGAUGCUUGUGCACGCCGACCCCGGCACCGGGGUGCGAGUGCCCUGCUCCCACCCCCACGCCGGUCUACGGGACGCCAACACCAACGCCUGCUGCUCCGGCGUACCCACGGCCGGCGCCGGAAUACGGAGCGCCGCCGGCGCCAGAGUGCCCGCCAGAGUACGGCACGCCCAUCUACACUCCCCCGGGCCACCACUAGCUCCAUCAAUGCAUGGUAGCUCUCUGACAUUACUAGUAUGGUACAUUCUGAGGGGAAUAAAAGGUUGUGAGACUGAUUAAUGGCGGCCAGCUUUGAUGACGAUGGAGCAUGCUCGUGUGUGUUGUACGUACUACUACUUUGCAAAUUGUUUGCAUUUGGCAAUGGCACAGGAAGGUGUAUGUUUGAUGA